AUGUGCUUGAACGACGUACUGCUGGAUGGGCCAGAUAUGCUACGGUCGCUUAACGGUGUGUUAUACCGUUUCCGCGAGAAGCCCGUAGCUAUCACGGCAGACAAACGAGAGAUGUUCCAGCAGAUUAAGAUACGGGAAGAAGAUAGAGCAGCACAACAGUUUCUGUGGCGAGGAGAUGACUGGAUUAACCCGCCGCAGAAAUACGUAAUGACCUCAAUGAUUUUCGGGGCGAGGAGCUCACCGUUCAUCGCACACAGCGUUCGAGACAGGAACGCGGCAGAGCACCGAGAGUCGCACCCGUCAGCGUACACCGCCAUAACAAGGAACCACUACAUGGACGACUGGGUCGAUAGCUUUGACUCCGAAGAGGAAGCAGCCCGCGCCAUUCGAGAGGUAGUAGAGGUUCAUGGCGGGAUAGGAUUCACGCUGGCGGGUUGGAAUACAAACCGACCGAGCCUGCUAGAGAAUGUGAGUGAGGACCAGCGAGCGAGGACGCCGAAGGAACUGGGAGCCAACGCACAUCCAUACGGAAAGACAUUGGGGUUAUUGUGGAUGUCAGCCGAAGACCAGCUGGCGUUCAACACCGGCAUGCCACGCGUCCCACGAGAAGUGAAGCACGGCACGCGGAUACCGACGAAAAGGGAAGCCUUAGGAGCGGUGAUGUCAUUGUUCGACCCGCUCGGGCUGCUGAGCCCUUACACCAUCACGGCAAAAAUCAUCUUGCAGGCGCUGUGGGUGCAGAAGGUCGAAUGGGAUGACCCUCUGCCCGCCGAGGAAGCGCGGAUGUUCCAGGAAUGGAGAGAUGACUUAGCCUAUAUAGAGGAACUGAGAUUGCCGCGAUGGUAUGGCACGAACGACAGCCAACGGUCGCAACUGCACGUAUUCACGGACGCAAGCGAACAGGCAUAUGCCACAGCCGCGUAUUGGAGGACGGAACGCGAGGAUCGUAGCGUUAACGUCGUCCUGGUAGCAGCCAAAGCGAGGGUAGCGCCCAUGAAAGCGCAGAGUAUACCCCGGAUGGAGCUUCAGGCGAGCCUGAUAGGAGCCCGACUGGCCGCUGACAUAUUGAAAGAACAUAGUCGCGAGGCCGAAGUCUUCCUAUGGACGGACUCGAAAACGGUGCUACACUGGAUAAGGAACGACACCGUCAGAUAUACUCCAUACGUGGCUCAUCGUUUGGCAGAAAUCGCCGAACUGACGAAACCGACACAGUGGCGCUGGGUACCGACUGCCCACAACGUAGCCGACGACGCGACCCGCGCGGGAUACACACAAAUGACCGCUGCCGACAGAUGGUUUGUCGGGCCGGCAUUUCUGUACGCUCCGGAGCAAGAAUGGCCUCAUGAGAGCGAGCCCGUCCCAGCAGAGAUGGUAGCACACGUCCGGGAGGAGACAGAACCCGUGAUCGACAUUGCACGGUUCUCUUCAUAUGACCGAGUGAGGAGGACCAUGGCGCAAGUGCUACUGUUCGCAGAUAAAUGCAGGCGACGGGCACAGAAGCUAGGCACAGAGCAUUUCGCCAAAGCGGAGCAACUAAUAAUACGGCAGGCGCAACAGGACAGUUUCCCGAAGGAAACGCGGUGUCUACGCGAAGGAAAGACCGUAGACAGGACAAGUCGUCUGUUCCGCCUGGAUCCCGUUUACAAGGAUGGCAUAAUACGCUUGAACGGACGUAUAAACGCAGCACAGGUGCCGCUAGAAAUGAAGAAUCCACCCAUACUGGACGGCGCACCCGUUGGCGCAGAUGAUGAUUAA